UUUUACGUGUGGCAACACUGCAGCCACAUCCAGCGAAGUUGCGUGUCGCGUUCUUUCAUCUUUCAUGCGUGUUGAUGUUGGUAACUUCAAAAUAACUGGUUUCGCGUUCGUCGGUACCUGUGCGGUGCAUGUGAAAUUGUGGAGAGAUGAAUCAAGAAAAAGAAACAAAACAGGAUUCACGGAUGAAAGAAAUUAAAGAUGUUGUGCGUACAUACAUAGAUUUUCCCAAGAAAGGCAUCAUCUUCAGAGACCUGAUGCCUGUAUUCCAGCAGCCUCGACUGUUUCGCAAUGCAAUAGACAUCUUGGCUGAAAAAGUCAAACAGGCAGUCCCUGACAUUGCAGCAGUUGUUGGCAUUGAGGCAAGGGGCUUCAUCCUUGGUUCACCGCUUGCACUGGCACUACAUGUGGCAUUUGUACCUGUGAGGAAGCCAGGCAAAUUGCCAGGGAAUGUUAAGGCAUUGGAAUAUGACUUGGAAUAUGGCAAGGACAAGUUAGAAGUACAAACGGAUAGCUUUCCCAGCGGUGCGAAAGUUGUCAUCAUAGAUGACCUUUUGGCUACAGGUGGUACAAUGAGAGCAACGUGUGAUCUAAUCAAGUCUCUGGGAGCUACCGUCGCACUAUGUAUGGUGGUAAUGGAACUUGAAGGCUUGUCUGGUCGCCCUUCAGAUCCUUUCUAUUCAAUGAUCAAGUUCCCAGCUUUCAAUCCAUAAUGGACCAGCAUGCUCCUGGGCACAUAAUUAGCAUUAUACGCCUAUCUUAAGGUGGCUGUGUUUAUAUCUCAAUUGUGGACACAAGUUAUAACUAGAAAUGAGUGCGGGUAUGAAAAUUUGUACCCGCACCCGCAUCCGCAGCAAUGUCAUUGGUGCAACCCGCAUCCGCACAUCCCGACGGGUACCAGCAUACCCGCAGCUCAAUGCGACGCAUGUUUCAGUUACGCCGCAUGAUCGUUACAGCACAAAAUGAUUUAUUGAUGAUGGGUACACUGUCCGUUAGCCACUUUUCUAACAGUCAGACGCUGUGGUGACUGGUUGCCCGCUUACUAACGCGAAGCGAUUCGUCGUGUCGAAAGAUAGCCAAAUUUAGCCCUAUGUGGCAAACAUAGCCAAAGAGUCACAAUAACAACUUGAUGUUGAGAUGAUGAAUGGGGAGUUUCAGCGCCAUGGGCGAUACCCUACCCCAUUUUUAUUGCCCACACUACCAACCUUUGUGGUCUCAUAAUCAGUUGGACUCUCAUCAGUUGGACUCAUAAUCAGUUGGACUCUCGCCCUCCCUCUCUCGAAGGGUAAGCAUAAAACGUGGUGCCAGUAAAUGACAAAGCUGUCAUCAUCUCGUACACCACGGAAAGACUGGAUAUGGAACGUCUUGGAAAAUAUUUUGGGCACAAUGUUCGCGAUAAAUCCGGUCGUACACCAAAAGCCGACAGGCUGGUUUUGUGCCUGUGGGUAUUGCGGGUAUACCCGCGUAAUCCGCGGAGGCAGUGCGGGUCUACUCGCGCCUUACCCGCAACCCGCCAUGACACGUAAAUGUGUACCCGCAAAGAGCAAACUUGCGCGGGUAUCCGCGGGUAUACCCGCACCGCACUCAUCUUUAGUUAUAACUAUAGCACAUAUCAUUUAGGAUGUGGUACAUAACAGCAGCUGCAUGUGUCUUGGCUCGUUUUAAUGAAUGAUUUUGUCAACUUCGAAAAAUCGAGGUUAGAAAACUUAAGAGGUCAGGAAGUGGUGUGAAAAGAACAUAGGUUUGAGGGAAAAAAAAAGUGUUUGUUUUACCUUUGCACAUGGAUGAAUAUUGGACGAGGUGAGCAAAUAUCGAUCUGCAAAAACUAUUCACAUUAAAUAAUUCUAUAUCAGUCAUAUGAGUUUAGCGACACAAUAAAAUCUGUCGUGAAAGUUUUGAAUGGCACAGUCGGGGGACUACACCGAUUGGAUACCCUUAUACAGUAUAUAGGGGGAUAUGUUUAUUUAACAAGAAAAUGAGAAAAAGGAAAGAUUCGACAGGUAAAAAGCCGGCUUGCUACUGAAAAAAAAGUCACCACGACAACGUGAAAAUAGCUGUGUAGGAGACACAAGUCAACUGAACUGAACAACUCGACCUAUCGUCUGCAUGUAAGCCAGUCUAUAUAGAUUUAAAAUAGAAAUCAACAGAGUAAAUAUAAGAUGCUCGGCUUGGGUAGUUCAGACUGCAAAUGUCGACUGACAUUUGCCAUGUAAGGCGUGUCAGUCAACUUUUCAACCACUUCCCAUACGUCACUGCUGAAGGUCACCGGUAAUUUCAUGCGGAAGUGACGUCAGUGUUCAUGUGACUCCUCCCUUCCGUGUCGAGCGCCUCAUAGGUCCCGAUAGGUGUAUACAAGGUGCUUGGUGUGAUAGCUACAUGUUUAAAAUUGGUUUCCCAGUCGCUUCUGAAGCAGUAUGGGUGCCUGUUGUGAAGGGCUGACUAUUGCCUUCAGGGCUACACUGCCAGGUAUUGGCGCAGUGACGGUAAUACUGCGUGCUUUUCCUACAUUGUAUGUAUGGAAGAAUAUGAAAUUACGACAUUUUGAUUUUGACACCUUUACUUUUAGCGGCACCUGAAAAUCAGGGGAGGGUAACAGUAAUGGUAACGGAAACAGAAACGGUAUACUGUAUAAGUGGUUAAAUUCGCGGGCUCAAUAAUUCGCGAAUUUGUGAGAAGCCAGGAUCAGGCAAUUAUUCGCGGAACCUUAAAUUCGCGGUACCGCCGCGUCGACCGGGGCCCUCCACCUUGAACUUCCUGGAAGAGGCUAAUAAAAGGUAUCACAACUGG